UUUGAUGUGUUUAUUUUUGAUGUGUACCUUCUUAGGAGAAAUGUCUAUUAAGUCCUUUGCCCAUUUUUAUUGGGUUGUCUUUUGUUUUUGAGUUGUUCUCCCACUUUUGCAUUUUGAGAAACAGCUUACUGCAAAGAACCAUACUUCUCCAUAUGACUUUAGAUAAAACUCAGAUGAUUCACUCCCUUGUUUACCUAUAAGAAGAUGAGACACAGACUCUCCAAAUUCCUCUUGAAUACCUCAUAAUUAGCUGAAAUGUUUGUUCCCACUAAUAACUGGAACAAAAUGCCUGUUAAUUUAAUUUGACCAAAUUUUAGUUGUCUCUCUUCUUCCUACAAGAUCCUGAAAUCUGACUCACCCCCAAGGUUAAACAAGUACCGGAAUUCUGAACAACCUCUCCUUAAUAACCCCUCUCCCAAAUUGGCUGCCCAAAAAGUAAAAACAUUUCCUGCUCAACUGUCUGAUCAUGCUACCUGCUCAGCCCACUUCCUUACUCCUAAUCUUUUCUAGCCUUGCUUACUCCUCCCUAUAAAAGAAAAGCCCCUUCCAUCUUGACCUUUGAGAUGCUUGCAGAUCUGAUGGUAGGAGCAGUCUCCGAACGGAAAUAGUUCUUUGGAAUAAAGUCUCUCCUUACCUAAGUCUGGAUUUGUUUCUAUUUGAUAGUUUCUACCUAUGUUUUCAUUGCUUCCCAUUUCAUUUAAUGAAACAAACAAUAAAAAUACUUACUAUUUAUUUUCACAGUAAGAAUGCUGAUGAGUAUCUAAUCAAGGAUAGGCUGGAGCAGUUGAGAUGCCACUUUACAUGGACAUUGCUCAUUGAAGACACUGAAAUACCUGAUUUAGAAAACAGGGUCUUGGAGGAGAUUCAGUUCCUAGACACUAAAUACAAUGUGGGAAUACACAACCUACUGGCCUAUGUGCAACACCUGAAAGACCAGAAUGAGGAAGCCCUGAAAAGCUUGAAGGAAGCUGAAGACUUAAUCCAGCAAGAACAUGCCAACCAACCUGACCUGAGAAGUCUGGUUACCUGGGGCAACUAUGCCUGGGUGUAUUACCACAUGGGCAGACUGGCAGAAACCCAGACUUACCUGGACAAGGUGGAGAACACUUGCGCGAAAUUUGCAAAUCCCUCCUGCUACAGAAUGGAGUGUCCUGAGAUGGACUGUGAGGAAGGAUGGGCCUUGCUCAAGUGUGGAGGAAAGAAUUAUGAACGGGCCAAGGCCUGCUUUGAAAAAGCUCUGGAAGCAGACCCUGAAAACCCUGAAUCCAGCACUGGGUACGCAAUUACCCUCUUUCGGCCUGGACAACUUUACAUAGCAACGGAGAAGAGAAAGAAUGGGUUUUCUCUUUGUCCCCUAAGGCAGGCCAUCAGGCUAAAUCCGGAAGAUGCAUAUAUUAAGGCGCUCCUUGCUCUGAAGCUCCAGGAUGUAGGACACGAAGCUGAAGGAGAAAAGUACAUUGAAGAAGCACUGACCAGCAAGUCCUCGCAGACCUACGUCUGGCGAUAUGCGGCCAAGUUUUACCGAAGAAAAGGCUCUCUAGACGAAGCUCUUCGACUCCUAAAAAAGGCCUUGCAGGCAACACCUGCCUCAUCCUUCCUGCAUCACCAGAUGGGGAUUUGCUAUAGAAAUCAAAUGAUCCAAAUAAAGCAAGCUACAAACAACCAGCCUAGGGGGCUGAAUGGGGAAAAAAUCAAUAGAUUGGUUCAACUGGCUAUAGAACAAUUUCAGAAGACUUUGCAGCUAAAGCCCACAUUCAAGUUGGCUUAUAUUGACCUGGCUGAAAUGUAUGCAGAAAUGGGCCUUCACAGAAAGGCUGAGGACACUUUUCAGGAAGUGUUAGACAUGAAGAACACUGAGGAGCUGCAACAGAUUCAUUAUCAUUAUGGCCGAUUCCAGGAAUUUCACAAUAAAUCUGAAGAUAAAGCAAUUACACAAUAUUUAAAAGGUCUAAAAAUAGAAAAAAUGUCCUCUACCAGGGAAAAACUUCUCAAUGCUUUAGAGAAAUUGGCUAAAAAACGACUUCAACAGAAUGUACACAUUGUGCAAAGUUUCAGCCUCCUUGGGCUUGUCCACAAAGAGAAAGGGGAAGUAAGGAAAGCCCUGGAGUGCUAUGAGAGGGCCCUGAGGCUGGCUACUGGCUUGAACCCUGAAUUGUUUUGAAAUAGAGGUCAUCAUUACUCAUUUAAUGUGUUCUUAACUAAAUGUAAAAAAAAAAAAAAAAAAACUUUCCUCAUUGCUGCCUUAAUAUAUAUAUA